AUGGCUGAAGCAGCAUAUCAACAGUUGGAGGCCCAACCGCUGCACACGACAUGGCAUGCCUUGAAAGGGCGAGUCGCAGCGCGAGUGCCGAUACUUUCAUGGCUUUCCACCUAUGAGGGCAAGUACCUGAUGGUGGACCUUACGGCGGGCGUUUCUCUUGGGACCAUGUGUUUGGCGCAGACGCUGGCGCAUGCGACAAUUGCAACGACUGAUCCGAUUCAAGGACCUUACUGCGCCCUGGUUCCCCCAUUCAUUUACGCCGUCCUUGGCACCUCCAAGCAUGGCUCAGUGUCCUCGGGCGCUAUGGCUGCCAUGAUCUUGGCGAAUGUCCUACAGCCCUUUCCGGAUCAACAAGACCGUACGGAGCUUGCUUCGUUGUUGGCCCUCCUGUCAGGCUUCUUCCAGGUUCUCAUGGGCGUGUUUGAUCUGGCCUCUGCUGUUCGCUUCCUAUCGCAGCCGACUCUCAGUGGUUUUGUCACUGGCGGGGCAGUCCUAAUCAUAGUAUCACAGCUGAAAGGUUUCUUCGGCUAUACACAGUUUCCACACGCAGGAGGACCUUUUCAAAAAGUUUUGGCUUGCAUUCAGCAGAUACAUCAGGCAAAUUGGGUCAAUGUUGGGCUAUGCUCCUGCUUGAUUCUCAUCAUCGUCAGCUGCAAACGACUUAAGGCUACCGCCAAGAGGGAACAAAAACAGUCCUUGAUCUGGAGGAUGGCUGGCCGGGUAGCCCAAAUCAAGGAAAUCCUGGUGGUUGUUUUCGGGAUCCUUUUCGUCCGCUUGACCAAGCAGGAGGAUGGGUCCACUUUGGUUCCUUCAGUGGGCUAUAUUCCUGAGGGCCUGCCGCCUUUGCGGUUGCCCUGGCAAUUGAAUGCGACGGAGAAGCUGCUGAAUGGACCCGCAGAUGUGUUGCACGGCUUCGUGCUAAGUGGAGCCAUUGUAGCCUUCUCAACCUUUUUGACGUCCUACUCCAGUUUUAAGAAGCAGGCAUUGGCCUGUGACUACAACCUGGAUGCACGCCAAGAGCUCUAUGCCUUGGGAGCUGCUGGCAUUUUGGGCUCCUUCUUUGGAGCCUUCCCGCCGAGUGGUUCUUUGAGCCGAACAGGGCUGGCAGUACAACUUGGGGUGCACUCGCAGAUAUGCAGCAUUUUUACUGCGCUUACUGUGGCAGCUGGUUUGAUUUGUUUGGCUCCCGCAUUGGAAGACCUGCCGAAGGCAUCUUUGGCUGCCAUCGUCAUGGUCUCGGCUGAGGGCCUGAUGGACUUCAAGAUGCCGUUGCAGUUGUGGGGAAGCACCCCAAAGACCUUUCGAAGUAGCUUUCGGAAAGAUCUGAUUGUAUGGUUUGUGGGCUUUCUUUGCACCAUCCUGGCGGGUGCCCUUUAUGGCAUCAUGCUCUCGGUCUUGGUGGCGCUGGCACAGGUGGUGGCGGAGGCUGCCACGCCGCAGGCAGUGACCCUGGGGGAGGUGCCACGGUUGAAGCAGUGGCAUGAUGUGGACCGAUGGGCAGAAGCUGAGACUCUACCAGGCAUUUUGGUCUUUGAGUUUCGCGGCCCCUUGGUGUUUGCCAGCGCGGAGUGGUUUGAAGAGGAGGUCGAGAGGAGACGUUUGCAAGCCAAGAGCAAAGUGAAUUUUGUAAUUCUUUGCAUGGGGGCAGUGGCGACCAUUGACUAUUCUGCUUUGGAGAUACUCCGCGGCAUUUUGUUGGAGUGGCGGCGGAAGGGGCUUCACUGCUUGGUGGCGGACGCCAACUCCACGGUUCUGGAGCUUUUGCGAGAACAGUUGGGACAUGAGCUGCUCCAACAAUUCCAGACCAAACCAGCUGGACAAACAGCGGAGGUCCACUUCGAAAUUCAGGAAGUCCUAAGCAUUGAAGAUGCUGUGAUCGUGGCGAGUCAGAAACUCAAGUGUUUGCAAGCGGAUUCAAAAAGGAUGGCGGACCCUGUAUAA